CGCAUUUGAAAAUAACGACGUGCAUCCUCUCUCGGAUUGGGCUUCAGAAAGAGUCAGAGACACAUGACACACGUCUUGCACCAGUAGCAGUAACAUGGGCCUCUGCUCCGUCGAUGGAUGCUGAAACGGUCGCGGUGCAGGGAAUUCUGUGAUCUGAGGAUUCAUGUGUUGUGGAUGUUUCCCUAUGUGUUGUUGCUGUAUUUCUUAUCACUGACAAAACUUUAACCCAAAGGAUUUCAGAUUCACACACAGGAUUGUCUAAACAGGUUUUUGAUUUUCAUUAUACGUUCUGAGAGAAUCUUUUUCUGUCACAAGAAUUAAUCAUAUUUAACAAGUGACAAUUGUGUGUGAGUCAUCUACAAUACAGGCUACAUAUCAAACUGUCAGUGACAGCUAAACGGUCCCUGUCUACAUCGCAGGUACCCAUGAUGGCUGGCCUGACACCAGUGCUUCUGUGUGUUAUAUGUGUGGCAGGGUCCGUCUGCGUGGCGGCAUGUCCCACCGGCUGUACAUGCCAUGAGGCAAGGGUUCACUGCUACGGAAAGCAGUUACGUGACAUUCCAAAAAACAUUCCUGCAGACACCAUUUACCUCAAUCUGGCCAGCAACCAUCUUGAAACCAUCAACCCGGAACGUCUCAGUCACCUCACGGCACUAACCGAACUGUUGCUAGGCGAUAACAACAUCCGAAACAUCCAACCUGGGACAUUUACUGGUCUAUCAAGUCUCGAAACCCUCAACCUCAACUCCAACAUGCUGACAUCACUUCCUCCUGGAUUGUUCGAUGGGAUGGGAAAUCUCAGCUCUAUCCUCAUAACAAACAACAAGAUUGUGAAUAUUGAGGGUGCGUUUCGGAACCUGUCCAACGUGAAACGAAUGGACCUAGGAGGGAAUCAGAUACAGGCGUUGACGGACAACACAUUCCAGGGCAUGAAGAAUCUUGUCUAUCUCAUGAUGCCUGAUAACAACAUUAAGAAAAUCUCCUCAAAUAGUUUUGUGCCACUUCAAAGUCUGACAUACAUUGUGCUGAAGAAAAACUCUAUCAAGGAUGGCAAUCGGUUAUUCAUUCGGAAUCAUCGUCUGUCGUACAUCGAUCUCACUGGAUGCAGUCUGAAAGAAGUACCGAUGGGGUUGCCAUGGGCGACACGGUAUCUUCAAUUAAGUAAUAAUAACAUUACUAGGAUUAACAAGAGCACCUUCUCAGGAACACGACACUUAAGCAUCAUAGCGCUGGAUGAAAACCAGAUAACACGCAUUGAAAAGGGAGCAUUUUCUGGAAUCAGAGAAUUACAGGAACUGUGGCUCAAUGCCAACAAGCUGAAAAAGAUACCAUCACCAUUUUCCCCUAAGCUAACAAAACUGCACAUCAGCAAAAACAGAAUUUCUAAGAUAUCUAGAAAAGACUUUCCAAAGAAUUCUGCACUUUCUGUCCUCUCACUGAGCAGUAAUAUGAUUAAAACUAUCAAACCUGGAACAUUCAGUCAGUCUAAAUUCCUGACAGAACUUUCCCUCAGUGGCAACAAGAUAGCAAACCUGCAGACAGGCGUCUUUGCCGAGCUCGGAGAAAUCCAAACCUUGUCCCUCAACAAUAACAAAAUCACCAGAAUACAGAAGGGAUCCCUCUCUGGAUUGACAACCUUGACUAAACUUGAGAUGGCUUUCAUUGUUGACAUCGAGACAAAUGUCGAGGGAAACAUAUUUGCUGACAUGCCGAACUUGCAGUUUCUGGAUCUUCAGCUCAGUCCUGCUAUAUCUGCGCAAGUUCUGGGCUCUGACGACAUGAUGUCGUCUCUUUCUAAUGUAACCCACAUCAAUCUGAUGGACAAUGAGCUGACAUCGUUGAAUCCCAACCUGCGGACGUACCUGCGUAGUGUUCAGCAGAUCAAGAUCGCUGGGAACAAGUGGCAUUGUGACAAGAGACUGCAGUGGCUCAGUGCAUGGAUGAAGUCACACAAGAAACUGUUCUUCAUGGGCAGAAAUGUGGAAUGUCACACACCAUCAUCACUCAAAGGCUUACCCCUUUCCAUUUUAAAACCAUUCCAAUUUGCUGCUGUCACAACGACCGUGGCACCACCAUCAACAACUGCAUUAACACCAGCAACAGAGGCAUCGACAACACAAGGCUUUGCAACAUCUAGACCACCUAAGAAGGCUACUGUUAAAAAGUCCAAACCAAAAGGGCGUCCACUGACCACAGCAAUCCCUCCUACCAAGAUUGUGCUGACGAAGAUGAUGACAAAAAUAGUCACGCAGAGAUUUUUUGUUUUUCCCAGUACAACACCAAAACCAAAGGUAAAGAAAUCAAGAAAAACAAGAAAACCAAAGAAGACCACAACUCAAUUUCGCCCGCAGACUACCAUGAUAACCACCAGUACAAUGUCAAGGACACGCAAAACACCAAAUAAGGUCAUUACAACAAAAUCCCCUUACACACAACAAAUUACAUCGGGAAUGCUUACAGGAACAUCGGUAACUCCGACACUGGAUGACAAUAGUCUCACAAGCGAUGAAGACACUCUCAUGAAAUCCAGCACUGACAACUCAUUGAAUAUUUCCAACCCAGGAACACCAAUGAAUUCUUCAGAUGACCUUGAAACAGGGAACAGUUCUAACCAAACGUCACAGACAACCAACUCCUCAGACUCCGAUCCAUCUAAGAAGGCCGCAGUAUCUACUGCAGGCGGGGUCGACAUGAAGACUGUCAUCGUCGCAACGUGUGUCACCGCUGCCGUGAUUCUCAUAAUCCUGGGCGUCAUCAUAUUUUUCGUGAUUCGGUACCGGCAGAACAAGCUUGUGUACCAUCGUGCGCUGCAGUAUCGACAGGACUACAAAGACGUUGUGUUCUUCGUAGGUGAGCCCAUGCCUGAACUAAUGAUUGACACCAAGCAAAGAGCUGUGAGGUCAAGGUCAGACCGAGGGUCAACAUCGUCACGGCCCAGUGAGGACAUUACCAAUGACCUUGCAGCAAGCAUGAAAGUAUACACUUGGGACGACGAGUAAACUGUGUACAUGUGACAAUAGAUAAAGUGUACGUUAUAACAACAACAACAACAACAACAAUAUAUGGAUAUUUGUAAUGCGCUAUAGUCUAUCCAUUGAAGCAUACUCAAAACGCUAAAAACAUUAUUUCCCCAGUCAACAGAUCAGUUUCCACUUGAUUUUCAGCUCCCUGGGGAGUAUACAACCCAAGGUGCCUGUGAAGCGCUAGAAGGUUAGCAUAAAUAUGACAAUAGAUAAAUUCAAUCUUUUGAUCUCUGCAUAACAUAAUAAUUAAAUUCAUUAAUCGCAAGAAACAAUACCUUCAUUAAUAAUAUCAUUUUCACAAUGAUCAAUGUUUAAAAUGUAAUUUCGCUUAAUGAAGUAGCAUUUGAAACAAUAUUUAAAUGAACCGCCCAAUUGAGCAUAUAUUGACAAAUGACUUGCAGAUAUGUUUGUCUACAGAAACACCUUUCUCAGCAUAUUGGGAUUAUCAGUCAAUGGUAUAUUGAGAAAGAAGGCAUUUGAUUUAAAGUAGUUGCUAGGUGACUUUAUAUGCAUAUUUAUCUGAUAGUGAUAACAAGUUAAACCGAUUGGUUUAUCACAUUGAUAAUACUAGUCACCAUAUGAUAAAUUAUAUUAUUUGACUCUUGUAUCAAAAACUAGGCUUUGCACUAUAAGGCUUUUUAAGAGGAUAUUGUUUGUGAAUAUUUGUAAAUAUCUCCAAUUGUAUAAAUAUUUCAUAGUAGGAUAUAGUUUUAUAAAUUGUUUCGACAUGUAUAGAAUUUAUCUAUUUUUAUUGAUGAAUUAAUACUCCAAUAUAUAUAUUGAUACUUCACAUUUAUUUUGUCAAAUUCAUAUACAUAUAUAUGUAUACAUAUUUCUAUGAUCUUUAUAGAUAAUUAAAAUGAAUGUCAAGAAAUCAUUCAAGUAUGGAGCUCUGUCUACAUAUAUGUUUCCGUCUCGAUAUAAAUUCCAGUGGGUCUCAGACAACGGUAAAUGUUGCCAGUGCCUGAAAACUAGAGCUGUCAAGAAACCAGAAUAUUGAUACAGAUUAUCAUUAAAUUCACAAAUUGAUGCUGUGAAUAAAAAUAUGAAGACACCAUAGUUACUAACUAAUGCUUCAUUUUCUUAAGAAUUUUGUAUAUUGUCAAGAAUGGUACAAAUACCCAUGUCUUUAAAGACGUAAGCGUCAGUAAGAAAUACAACUAGAAUGUGUUUUUAUUGAAAAAAAUAUGUCCCCCCAUACUUUUGGGGGAUACAUUAGUUCAAGCUGUUACUGUAAAUAUGUUUGCAAAUCUGAAAAACAAUAAUAGUAUUAUAGCCUGGAAAGAUAAUGUAUUCAUGCAGAAUUAUUCACUGGCUGUAGAGUUUUGACAGGAACAAACACGACUUGUUUCAGAUGUUUUGGACUUAGUCCAGAUUAUUUCCAUGGAAACAUAAGAAAAUAAUAAUAAUAAUAAUAAUAAUAAUAAUAAUAAUAAUUUCAAAAUAGCAAAAGUCACCAGUGAAGCUGAUGAGCAGUGCAUUGUUGAAAAAACAAACCCUACCCUCGUUUGGGAAAUUGUUUCCAUGCAAACAAUCUAAAAUACAAUUCUGACAAAUUUCAAGAUAGCAACAGGCACCAGUUAAGCUGAUAACCAAUGCAUAUGUGCAGUUUCAUACAUACAAGUAGAUUUCAAGUUAUGGCCUGGAAAUUUACUGUUUUACAGGUCUUCACCUCAAGUGUACUUCUUAUAGUGGCAUUAAUUGAUGCAUCGAUAUGUGAUAUUUCUCAUUCCCUUACCCUACAUCAAUAAUGUAAUUUCCAAUUUAUGCCAAAGGUUCUAAGAUUUCUUUGUUGUUUGUUGUUUAACCUGGGGUAGACACCUAUGGUCAAAUCAAACUAAUCUGAAUCUCAUUUCAAACUAGCGGUUAAUGUGAAAUAGGUAAAUUUGAGCAGAAAACAUCUAUCCCUCUGGAUUUUCACUAUUCUCGGGCUAACGGACUAGUGGCUGUGUCUAUCCCUGGUUUAACGCCACACUCAGCAAUAUUUCAUCACGGGCUGUACGGCUAAUUAAGCUUUGGAAUAAUCACGACAGGGGUAAAAAGAGGUUAUUUUAUGAGAAAAAGAGUAAUGUUAAGAGUACCAUGUUCGAGUUCUAAAGUAAUAUUGGUGUACAUAAAAUUAUUUCCCUGUCUGCACAAGCAAAGAUUGAACAAUAAAAUUACAUGUGUGUGUUUUAACAUAACAACCAAUCAGAGACCGCUGUGAAUUGAAAGCAUGGCUCUCAUUGGCCAGCAGUUUCACUGUACAAUGCUUCAUGUCACCCAUGCAUGAACAAUUUGCUCUCCAUGAUAAUUUAAGCAUGUAAAUAAUUUGUGAAAAAAAAAUUAAAAUCAGGAAGGGCAAGUACAAUAGCAUAAUUCUAAGCUCAAAAACCUAACUAUUAUGGCAAAAUCGUAAACAUUGCCGUAAGAUCAGUGCCAUAUGAAUGAAACAAUCUGUGGUCUAGUUAAGUUUUUUCAAGAGACUGAAGUGACAAACACUGAAUAUCCCCCCCCACCUCCUUCUCUGAUUAGAAACAUAUCACUUUUGAACAUUAAAUACAAAAUCUAUUUAUUGAUUGAACCAUCCAUGAGCUAGUCUGGAAUAAUGAAUCCUGGUUUUAGGAGACAGAGACAUGAAAGAAAGUAUCAGAUGUACUAGGAUACGGACUUGAUCUGUUAUCAAUGGGAGACAACUCUAGCGUGCACCUCCUUCUGAAUGAGACAGCUGACCUUCACAGAGUAUACAACAAUUAGAGGUCAUUCAAUGUAUUCCAGAUUAGUGUUAAAACAAUGGUAUGGUGUUCAGUAACUGUAAAAAAAUCAUUGGAAAAAAUAAACAUUGUCAAAUUCA